CUGGAAGGCACGGACACGCGCCUCACAGCGCGAGCGGGCGCGCACGCCACACGGAAAAAAAAAGUGCGAGAAAAGACAAAGAGACUAGCUGUCCGGAGGAUAAUUAGCUGAGGUUGUGUGUGUGAGUCCUUGAACUGCCGAAAUAUGUUGUCUGAGGACCAGUUUCGGUGCAGCAUCUGUCUGGAAAUCUUCAACAACCCUGUCUCCAUCCCAUGCGGACACAACUAUUGCAUGGGAUGCAUUAAACGCUUCUGGGAUACGAGACAAAAGUCAGAGUGUCCGCUGUGCAAAGAGUCCUUCAGGAAACGCCCAGAACUGAGGAUCAACGUGGGCUUAAAAGACAUCACCGAGCAAUUUAAAAGAUCUAUAAAGGACAAGCCACAUUACAAGCCAGCCCCACUAAAGAGACCUGUGCCAAGACAACCUUCUAAGUCUGAUGUUCCCUGUGACAUCUGCGAAGGAAACCUUGUAAUGGCGGUUAAGUCAUGCUUCGUCUGCCAGGCAUCUUACUGUGAAAGUCACUUGAUACCCCAUCUUAGAGAUGCAGUGUUGACAAAGCAUAGGCUGACAGAUCCGGCCACCUUCAUCACCAGUCAUCUUUGCAUAAGUCAUAACAAGCUCCUGGAUAUGUUUUGCAAGAGGGAACAGACACCUAUUUGUACAAAAUGCAGAGAGAAGGACCACAAACACCAUGAGAUCGUGUCGAUAGAGAAGGCGAGCAUGGGGGUCAGGACUAAGUUGAAGAAGGCUGAUGCAGACUUUCAAGAUAUGGUCAAAACCAGAAUGAAAAAGCUGGAGGAGUUCAAAGCUUUAGUGGAGUCAAGCAAAAUGAAUGAAGAACAAGAGUUGCAAACAAGCAUUGAGGUUGCCACCAUGGUGAUUGGCAUCAUUGAAAAGAACCAGGCUGCGCUCAUCCAGGACAUCCAGCAGAAGCGGGAAGCAUCCGAGAGGACAGAGCAGAAGCUUAUCGAAGAGCUCAAGGGGGAAAUAAACGAGCUGCAGAGGAGACGAAGUGAGCUGCAGCACCUGGAGCACUCCGGCGACCCUCUUCAUCUCCUACAAAGUUUCCCCUCUCUGUGUUCUCCGCUGUCCACCAGGGACUGGUCCCAGGUCAGAUUGAACUCGAACAGCCACAUAGGGACAGUGAGGAGAGCUUUCUCUAAGCUGGUGGAAGUGUGCCAUACUCUUGAAAAUAAACUGUCUGCAGAAGAAAUGACCAAGGCAACUCAAUAUGCAGUGGAUGUAACUUUGGAUCCAGUGACUGCUUCGGGCUGGCUGUGUCUGUCCCCAGAUGGGAAACAGGUGAGCCUCAGCCUCCAGCUGAAGAAACCCCCUCCCGCUGACGACCCACUCAGGUUUGACUCAUGCGUCUCAGUUCUGGGGAAAGAAGGCUUCACCUCGGGGAGACAUUACUGGGUGGUUCAGGUGGGGGAUAAAACAGACUGGGAUGUUGGCGUGGCCAAGGAAUCCAUCAACCGGAAGGGGGCCAUCACGGUGCGCCCCGACUACGGUUACUGGGCGAUCUGCCGGAGAAAAGGCGGCAGUCUCAGCGCCUGUGCCGGUCCCGCCAUCACACUCCACCUCUACCAAAUUCCUCAGAAAGUCGCUGUGUUUCUUAACUACGAGGAAGGGUCGGUGUCCUUCUACAAUGCAGAAGCGAAGACCCACAUUUACACUUACAGCGGGUGUGACUUCACUGAGACACUAUACCCGUACUUUAACCCCUGUCUCCAUGACAACGGGAAGAACACCGCCCCGCUGAUUAUCUGUCCCGUUGAGCACUCAGGGCACACUUGUUGAGAUGGCGAAGUCCAUGCCCAUUUUCUUAUCAGUCAUAAGAAAGGUUAAAUUAAGUGAACACCACCAACUUCUGAGGAAAAAAAUGCUAUACAGCCAGUCUUUACAGUGUUUUUGUUAACUUCAGCAAUUACAAAACUAAAUAGGCUCAAAGACUCACAAGUUCAGAAACACAUUUACCAAAUGGAAAAGCUUCCAACAGAAUAACUAUAAGGCCAAAAAUGCAUGUACAUUCACAAAAUACACAUCAGUAAUGUGUUUUAAUUUAAUUAAAAUCAGUGACACAUUUACCCGCUGUUACAUACAUAUGAAAAAAACACCUAUAUUAUAUUUAUAUAUAUAUAUAUAUAUUAUAUAGUGCUAUAUAUAUAUAUUAUGCUGGUGAUAUUUCUUUCACCAUCUCCAUUACUAUGCGCGUAGUAGAUCUAUUUUUUCUACAUCCAGUAUAGGUU